AUGGCGGCACAUCAUGUCGAGAACAGUCAUGUGGACGAAAUCGAGGAAUCAAGACCACUUCUCGGGUUGCCCACUGAGACAGAAGAUAGCCCAGACAAGCCGCUGAUAAUUACUCACCGCACACGCAGCUCAUGGCCGUGGAUUCACGUUGUGCUCCUCUUAUUGGGACUCGCCAUCAUAUCUGAUAUUGGUGAAGACCUCUUCACCGCCCCACGAAUCCGGCUCUUCGAAUCUAUCGCAUGUACCAACUACUAUUCGCGACACGAUCCCUCGCUGCUUGAUCCAGAUGGCUCCGUGCCGGAGCGUUUCUGCAAAGUCGACCCCGUGCAAAGCAAGGUUGCGUCGGUACUGGGCUGGCAAUUGUUCUUCGACAGUAUCCCAGCCAUCCUGCUUCCCGUUCCCUACGGAUAUAUCGCUGAUACAUAUGGACGCAAGUGGGUUUUGGUCUUUGCGUUAACGGGAUACGCGUUGACCUGGGCAUCAACUCUCUUCUUUGUUGGGGGGUUGAAACUGCCUCUAGAAUAUGUCUGGCUGUCAUCGCUUUUUUCCUUGAUUGGCGGUGGUGGAGCAACCGGUACGACUUUAUUGACAACAAUGGUUGCUGAUGUUGUACCGCCCGAGUUCAGGAGUACCGUGUUUUUUUAUCGAUUCUGUACCGACCAAGUCGCGGACGUCUUUGUUCCGCCGAUUGCGUCCUACUUGAUGUCUCAAAAUGUCUGGAUCCCAUUGCUUUUAGCUGUAUUGUUCGGAGGACUCGCAGCCAUGAUCGCACUCACUUUGCCAGAAACACUCCCCAUAGCUGUGCCCAGCCCUCCAAAUCACGUUGAUGAUAGCGUAGCAAGUGGCGCGAAUGACUCAGAAUCAAUUGAUCAAAGCAAGCAUAGUAGUAUCAAGUGGAAGGACAAGAUCCAGCGAGCAAGAGAAUCAUUUGAGUUCGUAACACGCGACCUAACUGUCUUGGCUCUCGUUUCGAGCUUCUUUAUCUCAAAAGUUGGCCGUCAGGCUAAUAACGUCCUGUUCCAAUAUGCAUCCAAGAAGUACAACUGGACUAUUGCGCAAGCCGGCUUACUUAUAUCGCUACGGGCCAGCGUUACUAUCACCCUGUUUGCGGUAAUCUUACCUGUCAUCAUGAACUUUGCGUUUUCUGGCUUGAGUCCGCCUUCUAGAGAUCUCUGGGUUGGGAAAGCUAGUGUCAUUCUUCUAGUCUUGGGGGCUUUUAUCCUUUUCCUAUCACAAACAGUGUUCCUUAUGAUUACUGGACUGAUCGUUUUCAUCCUUGGCAUGGGCUUCGUUCCAAUCAUUCGCAGCCUAGUAACAUAUCUCGUCGAGUCCCACCACGCGAGCAACACAAGCGACAUUGGGCGUCUUUACGCACUUAUAUCUGUUAUGGAAGGAUUAGGAAGUCUUGUGGCGGGACCAGGGAUGGCUUGGGCCUUCCGCCUGGGUAUGAGAUUGGGAGAUUGGUGGCUCGGGCUUCCCUUCGGACUUGCUGCUUUGCUCUUUCUCGCAGUCUCAAUUGUGGUAUUCAGCAUCAGGAUCUAG